UCGAGAUGAUGGAAUGAUUAUCUUCCACUUCCUUCUUAAUUCCUUUUUUUUCAAAGGUGGACUUUUUUGGAUCAAUCGUGAUCAACAUUCCUUCGAGUGGUUUAUCAGCCUCAUCAGCGCCAUCGAGUUGGAACAGGCUGAGAUACCUGCAGCAGAUCGCUUUCUCGACAUCCAUCUCUACAUGACAUCAGCUCUCUUACCCAUAGACAUGAAGGCCAUCGGACUCCACGUCGCUCUCGAUCUCAUUCACAAGAAGAAAAAUCGAGAUACGAUCACGGGCUUGAAGACGAGGACCCAGGCUGGAAGGCCGGAUUGGGACGAGGUUUUCCAAAACCUGAAACAGCAGCACAAAGGCAAGAUCACUGUGUUCUUCUGUGGCUCUCCUGCUCUAGGAAAGAUCCUCUCAACCAAAUGCUUACAGUACCACAUGGAAUUCAGAAAGGAGAACUUCUAAGACCAUGAAGACAUCAUGUUUUCAAGAAUUGACCAAACACAAAGUAAUCUAACUUUUUAAAGAUUUGAAACGGAAAGUGCAGCAGUUACUAAAAUCCGCACACCGCGUGUCCCAUUCGGCACAAUACUUUCAUUCAUUCAUUUUAUUCAAAGGUGAACAUAUCUCCAUAUGACAAUAGACUAAUGAUUAUCUAUGUUUAUCACUGAGAUUAGUGCAAUCACUUCAUAUGAAAAUGUCGAAAAAUAACACUUUUUUCUUCUUGUGUUAUGGUCAUAUGGUUGUGCCUUGUGAAAGCCAAUAUUAACUUCAGUCAAACUUCAUAUUGUAUUUUGGAGUAUAUUUUGAAAUUAAGAGAAUCAACAACUGCUGUACAACACUGAUAUAGAUGAGAGAUAGUGAGAGUAGUUACCUACAUAAAGAGGGGGAGAAGAACGGGCAAGAUAAUGGAUAUUGGAACAUAUACGUUUACAUUAUUCGGGUGUUAUCUAAGUAAUGUAUAUAUCGUUAUUUUACAAAAUUUCCCCAAAAUGUAAUACAAUAUAAUAAGUAUGGAAAUAUAAGAGUAUUGUACAUGGAAACCAUAAAUGGUAAAAGACGGUGCCUUAUCUUAUACAGAAUACCAGUGCAUCUCGAUACUUUACCGAUUGCAUAAUUUAUACGGGCAUCCCACUUAAUCCAAGGAAAUUAUCAGAAAUCGCUUUCGUUAGUGAAGUAGAAUUUACAUGUUUGUAUAGGGCUAUUGUGU